AUUUCGAGUUUAGAGUAAAAUUACCAACGUCGUGGCUAAUAUACUGGUUAUAGUAAAUAGAUGGGUAACACGGAUUAUAUAACCAGUGCUUACGAUUUAAGGAUUCCAUGGGAUGGGUAUCUCCUAAAGUUUCAGAUAAAACAGAACGCAGCCUCUAAAAAAGGGUCUAUUGAGUCUGAAAAUAGCUCGCAUGAAGAUGCUGAAGCGGCCUUUGUGGAUAGCAAUGAUGUUGGCACAUUCACUUGGUGCCUGCGCAACUGCCAGAGAAUCUGCGAGACUAACGAGCAUUUAACGCCUGCCAAAAUUGUGGGUCAGAUUCUCCUUCUUCUAGGUGAUGACAAUGUGGACAGAACUGCUUCCAUUCUCUGUGAUACUUUGGGUUAUGCCCAUGUCUACUUUAUCUCAAAACUGCUAAGUUUUCGUCAAAGUUUGGUAAAACAAUGGGAUGUAAUGCUUAGAAAGGUCGUCCAAAAGGUCAAAACAAAUAAACUGGAUGCAACAAAUUAUGAACGACUGGACAAGAUUCUACUACGGCAAACUGGCAAAGACCUAGAAAGGCAAAAGGGUAAACUUGAACACAUUCUACCGAAGAUACCUCCACAGGACCUGCUAUUCUUGGUUGGAUUGGACCUAAAAUCUGACGUUAAACUAUCGCAUCCACUCAACUUUACACAAAGAACGGUAUUGAAUCUGGUUAGAGAAGAUCAUGAACUCUAUGAAAAACUUACUGUUCCUCCUCCAGAAAACAUUAUCUGUGCCGAGGAUAAGGAGUUAAUUGACAUUUGCACUCUCCCAGAGUGGGUACAAGAAGCGUUUUCGGGUAUAGAAAGGCUAAAUUUGAUACAGUCCAGAGUAUUUAAUUCUGCAUUCAAUACAUCUCAAAACCUGUUGGUUUCCGCUCCAACCGGAUGCGGAAAAACUAAUAUAGCACUUUUAUGUAUAUUACAAAACUAUAAACAAUUUUUUGAAGAGAAUAAAAAGUGUGGAAAAGUCAUUUACAUGGUUCCAAUGAAGGCUCUUGCAUCUGAAAUCACAGAAAAGUACUCCAAAUCUCUAUCUAAAUUCGGGUUGUCAGUUGUUGAGGUAACCGGAGACGUACAACUAGCCAAACAUGAACUUGAAGAUAUUGAUAUUAUGAUUACAACCCCUGAAAAAUUUGAUGUUGUUACUAGAAAUUCAUUCUCAACUGGAACACAAUCAGACGAAUCAUUCAUGUCAAGAGUAAGCUGCUUAAUCAUUGACGAAAUUCACCUUCUAAAUGAUGAUAGAGGACCUGUCAUUGAAACUAUUGUCGCGAGAUUCUUCAGACUUAUAGAAUCAACUCAAGUGCGUAAAAGAGUAGUUGGAAUAUCUGCCACUCUCCCAAAUUGGGAAGAUAUUGCUUUAUUUUUGCGUGUUUCUUCUGAACAUACAUAUUAUUUUGGAAGAGAAUAUCGUUAUGUUCCACUGGAACAAGUGUUUUAUGGAGUAAAACAACAUGACGUACAAACUGUAAUGUUGGAUCUAUGUUUUGAUCAUGUCGUUAAAACGCUAGAAUCUGAGAAACAAUGCAUAAUAUUUGUUCAUUCAAGAAAUGAAACAUUAUCUACUGCUCUAAAACUAAUUGAGAUGGCACAAAUAUCAAAUUCUUUCCUAUUUUCUCCAGAUGAAGGACUAUAUAAAAAAUAUGUGGGUCAAUUGAACAAGAGGAUCCAGAGUUUGAGAAAUCUUUCUGAAUAUUCAAUUUCGAUUCACCACGCAGGAUUGGUUAAAUCAGAUCGAACUUUGGUCGAAGAAAUGUUUAAAUCUGGAUUUAUAAAGGUUUUGGUAUCAACGUCAACACUUGCUUGGGGUGUGAAUCUUCCGGCCCAUUGCGUCAUAAUAAAGGGUACAUUCAUAGGAGGUGCAGGUGUAGAUAGAAAUAUAAACAAUCUUGAAUUGACACAGAUAAUGGGAAGAGCUGGAAGACCACAAUUUGAUACAAGUGGACUUGGAAUUCUAAUUACGGAACAUAAAAAUCUCUACAAUUACAUGAAGAUGCAAACGGAGAGAGUCCCUAUAGAAUCUAAGUUACAUAGACACUUGGAAAAUGCACUAAAUGCAGAAAUCGCAAUUGGAACCAUAAAAAAUGAGUGUGAAGCAAUACUAUGGCUCCAAUACACAUAUCUUUAUGUAAGAAUGUUCAAGAAUCCAUUAGUUUAUGGAAUUACGUCUGAGGACGAGAACUCUAUUUUGAAGUUUGAGCAAAGUAUUAUCAGGGAUGCCGUUAAAAAUUUGGAUAAGUCCAGGCUCCUUAGACUUUGUAAAACAACCCUAGAAUUUGUUCCCACUGAUUUGGGAAGGAUAGCAGCUAGGUAUUAUGUAGAUUAUGAGACCACACAUAAUUUUGCAGCUUCUAUAAAUCCACUACUUUACUACGAGGAUGGAAUGCUUGCUGAUCGCUCUCAUAACAUAUCUACCGAUUAUAUCAACGAAGAGUACAUUCUUGAAGUUUUGUGUCAAUGUAGAGAAUUUGAGACGCUUUUGUUUAGAAAUGAGGAAUGUGACGAACUAACCUCUUUAAUGAAUAGUUGUUGUAUUUUUAGACCAAAGAGUGGAAUAGAUCACAUAAAGAGCAAAGUUUGUAUCUUGAUACAGGCAUAUAUAAGUGGAGCAAAUAUAAAAACUCCUAGUUUGUUGAGUGAUUUGAAUUUUCUAAUCCAAAAUGUAGGAAGACUCUUGAGAGCUUAUUUUGAGAUUUCUGCUUGUGAAACCGUUUCUGGGCCACCUAUCGGAAAUAUUAUCCAUAAUUGGAUACUAAUGUUUGAAAGGAAAUGUUGGAACGUUAAAACAAGACCAAAUAAUGUUCUGGCUCAUUUCACACAUUUGCAAAAUAUUCAACUUGGAAAGACUCCAAAAUUUGGCGUUGACGAAUCUCAAAAAAGAUAUUUGCUUUCAGAAAAUACUGCACGGAGGUUUUAUGGAAAGUUUUCGCUGGAAGAGCUUGUAGAGAUGACACUAGAGGAAAUUUCAAAUAUAGCUAGAUCAAAGGGAGAAGCAGGUACCAUAAAGAGACUAAUUAGUCACAUACCCUACCCGAAAAUAAAGUUGUACAAUCAGCCAAUUACAAGCAGGAUAUCCAAAGUUUCUAUAUCCUUAUCUAUAUCCAUUGAAUGGAGUAAAAGAUGGAAUGGAAAUGUAGAAACUUUUCAUGUCUGGAUUUGUUCCAGGUCAAGAAUAAUCUCACAAUCUACAAUAUCAUUUACACAAUCUUCUUUGGAAGUCCUAGAAUUUUAUAUUCCAGUACAUCGUGUAGAUGAUUUUCUCACCGUACGUAUAUUCUCUGAGAACUGGCUUGGUUUGGUAUUUGAAGAACAGCUACGUCUACACGAAAACUUAGCAUCUAGUGAAGGGUAUACAGAGAUUAUGGACCUCAUACCGCUUCCUACUUCUGUUCUUGGAAAGUAUGCCCCAAUUUACAAAUUUUCACACUUUAACCCGCUUCAAACACAAAUAUUUCCUCACUGUUUUAUGUCUGAUGACAACAUACUUGUCGGUGCUCCUACUGGAUCAGGAAAGACUCUUGUUGCUGAAUUGGCUAUGCUGCGCCUUUUUGAUACAAGUCCCGGUAAAAAGGCUGUUUAUAUUGCCCCUUUAAAGGCUUUAGCCUAUGAAAGGUACCGUGAUUGGCAUUCUAAAUUUGGAAAACGUGUAAUUGAGUUUACUGGUGAUUCCAAAUCACAAACUACGGAAGUUAUAAAUUCUGACAUAAUAAUAACAACGCCCGAAAAAUGGGAUGGUGUUUCAAGACACUGGAAAAAGAGGGCAUUUGUUAGAAGUGUAGGUUUAAUAAUUAUAGAUGAGGUUCAUCUGUUAGGCGAAUCAAGAGGUGCAGUGUUAGAAUCUAUUGUUACUCGCCUAAGUUACAUGUCUGAUAACACUAGAUUGGUCUGUCUAUCUACGGCACUUUCAAAUUCCGACCAAGUUGCAGAAUGGCUAUCUGUAAAACCGUCAAAAAUUUUCAAUUUUUCACCCGCUGUACGUCCAGUAAAAUGUAGCCUUUUUAUUGAUGGAUUUCCAAUAAAGCCAUAUUGCCCUAGGAUGAACUCUAUGAACAAACCCGCUUUUGAUGCUAUUUCUAGACAUGAUCCUCAGGCAUCUGUUCUGGUGUUUGUAUCAUCAAGAAGGCAAACUAGAAUGACAGCACAAGAUUUUGUUGGUUUACUCCAGCUAAACUCUCAGACAUGGGCUAAUGCAGGUGUUUCUGAUACGGAUAUUUAUCAGGAAGACUUAACAAAUAUUGAUGAUGAGUAUUUGAGAACGUUUGUGGCGUACGGAAUUGGAAUACAUCAUGCCGGCCUUUCAAAGGCUGACAGAGAACUAGUUGAACGGUUAUUUUUAAGUGGAGUAAUAAAGGUUCUUGUAGCAACAUCAACACUUGCUUGGGGUGUAAAUUUACCAGCAAAAAUUGUCAUUGUAAAAGGAACAGAAUUUUAUGACGGAAGAGUUAACAAAUAUGUGGAUUACUCAGUGACUGAUAUUAUGCAAAUGGUUGGAAGAGCGGGAAGGAGUGUCUAUGAUAAUGAAUGUUUUGCGUAUAUUUAUACAGAAACCAGAAAGGUUGGAUUUUACAAGGCAUUUAUGUUCUCACCGUUUCCUACAGAAUCGUUUUUCCAUGAACGUAUUUUGGAUUGUAUAAAUUCUGAGGUCGCUUCUGGAACGAUUGUAAAUAAAAAAGGGGCUAUAAGCUAUCUUUCUCGUACAUUCUUUUACAAGAGACUGCAAACUAACAUGCAUUAUUAUCUCAAUAUACCAACUACAUCUGCGGAAACCAUUUUCAAUCCGCUUGCAAAUUUUUCAAAGGAACCUAACAUUGAGGACGUAUCAAACUUUGCAGUAGUAAAUACUGUGAAUGAGUUGGUUAAAUUAGGGUGUAUUAGUUUGGACUAUGGGAAAGAGAAUAUCCAACAGAUGGAUGAAGCCAUUUUCGUUCCAACACUCUGCGGAUUUCUUGCUUCUCAUUAUUAUAUUUCGUGUUCAACAAUUUUCGAGUUUUCCAGGGCUGCAUCUCAGGCAAAGGGGAGAAGUAACCUUUCCUUUUUUACCUUGAUGAGGAUACUUGCAGAUGCCAAAGAAUUUAGUCAGGUUCCUGUGAGACACAAUGAAGAUAUCUACAACAUGCAGUUGUCUGAGCGUGCAAUCUUCCCUAUCAAAGAGUCCGAAGCUUCAAAUCCACAUGCAAAAACAUUCUUGUUGUUUCAAGCUCGUUUAUUCAACCUAGGGAUGCCAAUUUUUGACUAUAAUAAUGAUACUAAAUCGGUUUUAGACCAAACACCUCGCGUUAUCCAAACGCUUGUCGAUAUCUUUGCUGCUUAUCGCAACUUUAAAAAUGUUCAAUACAUCUUGUUUUUGUACAAGUGUCUGUCUUGUGGAUUAGACCCUAGAAACUUGAAUUUGGCAUUUGAUACUAAUUCAGUGAAUUUUAAACUCCUUUCCCUGAAGCUUGGAGAGAAAAGGGUUGUUAGAAAGAGAGUGAUAUCACUCAAAUAUUCGUGUUUUGUUUACGAUAUCGAGGAUACGUCCGAUCUUGAACUAGUUGUUUCUGUGGAUCUUUUAGAUUCUGACGAAGACAGCAUUCACUAUCUUGUUUUGGCAAACGAACACUCAAACUUUAUUUAUGGGUUUAAGCGAUUCUUCAAGAGUGGAACUGCGUACUUUGGGUACGUUUAUAUAAUGUAA